AUGAUGGCGUCCCAUGAACCCCACCACCACCUCCUCGGCUUCUCCUCCUCGUCGCCGGUGACUCCUAACCCUGCCGCCAUGGCCAUGGCCUUCGACCACCACGGCGUCUUCGCCCCACUCCACGAGGACAUGCCUCCGCGAUUCGGAGGUGCCGAUGACAGGUCAUGGCUGCCGCAAUCGUCGACGCUCUCUCUCUACGACACGGUCGGCCAGCAUGAGCUGCAACCUUUCACGGUGGCGCCGCCGUCCAUGAUGCCCAUGCAGCAGCCGCCCUUCCGGUUAAAUAGCUCCAGGUACCUGGGCCCCGCGAGGGAGCUGCUCAGCGAGUUCUGCAACCUCGAAGGUGAUGCCAUGAACGGCGGCGCGAUGAUGCGAGCUCCGAAGCAGGACGGUGAAGUGGAGGCGUCGUCACCGGCAUGUGGCCCAUGGGGCGCCAAUCCGUCUGUGAGCUCCAUGGAUUACAUGGCGCUCGAGAGGAGGAAGGCCAGGCUCCUGUCCAUGAUUGAGGAGGUGGACAGGUGCUACUGGCGAUACCGUGAGAAAAUGCGGGCGACAGAGAUGUCAUUCGAGGCUGUGGCCGGCGUGGGGGCAGCACAAGUGUACACGAAGAUGGCGAUGCGUGCCAUGUCACGCCACUUCCGGUGCCUGAGGGAUGCGCUCGUGGGGCAGAUACGAACUUUGAAGAAGUCAAUGGGGGAGAGCAGGGAUGCCGACGGCAUGUUGGUAGCACCGGGUGCAUCAAAAGGGGACACGCCGAGGCUAAGGGUUGUGGACCAAUGCCUGAGGCGGCAAAGGGCGUUCCAGCAAUAUGGUGGUGGUGCCGCCAUUGAGAGCUGUCCGUGGCGGCCCCAGCGCGGCUUGCCAGAGCGCGCCGUCGCCGUCCUCCGCUCGUGGCUCUUCGAGCACUUCCUCCACCCGUAUCCGAAUGACGUAGACAAGCACAUUCUGGCGCGCCAAUCCGGGUUAUCAAGAAGCCAGGUUUCCAACUGGUUCAUCAAUGCAAGGGUUAGGCUAUGGAAGCCCAUGAUAGAGGAGAUGUACGCGGAAGAAACCAUACAACAUGACGACGGUGGCACUAGCAGUGGCAGAGGCGAACCUGCUCCCACGGAUCAUCACAACAACAACUUGGCAGCAUGCACGACGGUUACGAUAACAGGAGAUCAAAAUUGCCAUCGCCUUAGCGGCAGAAACAACCCUGGUGACUGCUUCAUCCCAUCCUCCCUGGUUGUGGACGGCGGGAAAUUUCUCCAUGGCUACCCAAGUUUGCGCAGUGAUAGCGGCAGCGGCGUGGUGUCGCUUACCUUGGGACUCCAGCAGCAACAGGCGUUUGCUUCACCGGCGAUGAUCAUGCAACAACAAUCGUCGCUCAUGAUUGGAGCUGAGGGGGAAGACAUGGUGCUACCGUACAGGAACCUCAUGGGGUCUGAGCUGCUGCAUGAUUUCGUAGGCUAG